CCCGUGGCUAUCAACACCUCCCCUCUGGACCCCUACCAGAACAUCAAGCUCUCGGCCGUCAACCGCACAGCUUGGGAGCAAUACUACUUCGACAGCGUUUCUGCCGAUGGCAGCGCCGGCAUUGCCAUCAACUUCAUCCGUGACGCCUCACUCGCUUCUCUCGCCCGCGGCGUCCUGCGCGUCCGAGUCGAUGCUGUGUGGCCCAAUGGGACGAAGUGGACGACUAAUAUCUUCGUGAACGAGUCCUGCGUGACGACCUGCGCGCUCGCAACGACCGGGCUCUGGGCCACUGCAUGGCAAGGAAUCGCCUUCCAGUUCAACAUCUCCCAGAAUCUGACGACUGCCUCGCUCUCCCUCACCGGCCCAAACGUCCAAGGAACGUGGGACAUCCGCUCCCUGACCCCUCCCAGGACUCCAGAUGGGAGUAUCUAUCCCUCUCCCCACGCCGAUGUGCAAUUCGCGCCCUUGCUCUACUGGAACGAAGCCAUUCCCCUGGGCAAGGUGACUGCAGACCUGGUCAUCGCCGGCACAUCGCUCACGUUCACGGGCUACGGCGGACAUGAUCGCAACUGGGCGCCCUUCAACUGGGACUCCAUCGCCAAAUCCUGGUACUGGCUCCGCGGGAUCGCCGGGCCCUACUCCUUCGUCUUCUGGAGCUUCACCUCUGCCGUCGACAACACGACCUAUACCUCUGCCUUUGUCUCGGAAAAUGGGACCGAGAUCUUCGCCACGAGGAAUUCUCAGGCGUCUGAUACAGCGGCGUAUGCGACACUUGCUUUAUCCUAUGGAGGCAAAGUCCACGGCACGUUCGCGGAUACUUCUACGGGGAUGACGAUCAACAUGGUCGAAGCUGGCGGAGGUACGCAUUGGAGGUUUUCCGCACAGCAUACCAAUAUCGCGUUUGAAACCGAGCAUGGUACGUAUGCUGCCUACUCACGCUUCGUGGAUGGCAUCAGUGGGGGGUUG